AUGGCAUCCGUCGUCUCGCCUAAAGCGGGCCGCCCGGCCUGGGCUAGAGCCCAAGCUGCCGUGUCCCGAUUAUGUUAUAUGCCACGGCGAAAGGUUUCCUCAACCGCUGCGGCAUCCACAACGCUGUCUUCGCCUCUGGAGGAGACGCCCUAUCCGGCCGCCCAAGUUACCAAACGACCGGCGCGGCGUGAUCUUCUCAAGGAGGCAAAACCGUUCUCAGAUUUCCUGACGGACAACUACCACCGACAGCAUGAUUACCUGCGCAUAUCUCUUACGGAGAGGUGCAACCUCCGGUGUGUCUAUUGUAUGCCUGAGGAAGGCGUGCCGCUGUCUCCUCCACGAGAGCUGUUGACAACGCCCGAGAUCAUCAUGCUGUCGUCUGUUUUCGUCUCUCAAGGCGUAAACAAGAUUCGACUUACCGGAGGUGAGCCGACCGUCCGGAGAGAUAUCCUACCUUUGAUGCAGCAGAUCGGGGCCCUAAGAUCUCACGGCCUCCGUGAGCUGUGCCUCACAACAAAUGGUCUGGCUCUUCACAGGAAGCUUGAGGCCAUGGUUGAAGCCGGGCUCACCGGAGUCAAUCUAAGUCUCGAUACCCUUGACCCUUGGCAGUUCCAGAUCAUGACCCGGCGGAAAGGUUUCGAUGCAGUUAUGAAGAGCAUUGAUAGGGUUCUCGAGCUCAAUCGCCAUGGAGCAGGCAUCAAGCUCAAAAUCAACUGCGUCGUGAUGAGAGGUGUCAAUGACAGGGAGAUCAUCCCCUUCAUCGAGAUGACGCGUGAGCAGAAUAUCGAGGUAAGGUUCAUCGAGUACAUGCCCUUCGAUGGGAACAAAUGGAAUCAAGGGAAGAUGUUCAGCUAUUCGGAGAUGCUGGACCUUAUUCGAGAAACGUACCCCAACCUGGAAAAGGUGCAGGAUCACAAGAAUGAUACGAGUAAGACCUGGAGAGUCCCUGGCUUCGUUGGCAGAAUCGGAUUCAUUACAAGCAUGACCCACAACUUCUGCGGUACUUGUAACCGCCUACGAAUCACCAGUGAUGGGAACCUUAAGGUUUGCUUGUUUGGCAAUGCCGAAGUGUCGCUCCGAGAUAUUCUAAGGAAAUCCAACAACGGCGAGCCCAUUGAACAGGAGGCGUAUGAGGCGAUGAGAAAGAUCGAGAUGGACAGGCUACAAGGUUUGACUGGUACCUCAAAACCUCUUGGACUGCCUCCCGGGGAACAAGAACUCUUGGAUGUAAUUGGUAUGGCUGUGAAGCGGAAGAAGGAGAAGCAUGCCGGUAUAGGGGAACUCGAGCACAUGAAGAACCGGCCGAUGAUCUUGAUAGAUGGAACUGGAUCAACACCGACCGCCACGUCUCAGCUCUCUCUAUCCAGGGUGACAGCAUCCUCCACAGGAACAAUGAGAGGCGUUCCCGUUCACCUUCUCCGGCCUGCAUUCCAACAUUCGCAACUGCGACUUUUCUCUACUACGCGCCGGGCCUUUGACAGAUCCAAAGAUUCCAAACCCAAACUUACUCACGUCUCAUCCUCUGGCUCUGCCCAUAUGGUCGACAUCGCGUCCAAGCAGCCUACAUCGCGCACGGCACAGGCAGUCUGCAGUGUGCUCUUCACUUCGCCUCUUCCAACAUCGCUCAUCCGUGAGAAUGCGUUCAAGAAGGGCGACGUACUGGGCGUUGCGCGGAUUGCCGGGAUCAUGGCCGCCAAGCGAACGUCAGACCUGAUCCCUCUAUGUCACCCCAUCGCCAUCUCAAAGGUUGCGGUUGAUCUCACAAUUGUAGACCCUGAGAGAAAGCCAGAGGACGAGAAUUCAAUUGCAGGGGGCAGGAUCGACAUUCGGGCCACGGUUUCUUGCGACGGCAAGACUGGUGUUGAAAUGGAAGCUUUGACGGCUGCAUCAACGGCAGCACUCACUGUGUAUGACAUGUGCAAAGCUGUGGACAAGGGGAUGGUGGUCGAAGGGCUACGGGUGGUGUUGAAAGAGGGAGGCAAGAGCGGGCGGUGGGUUGAGGGUAUGCAAAAGGAGGACAAGGGAACAUAG